AUGAUUAACCGACCACCAUUCGAGCGCGACCCGUCGUCGUCACCGGCAGCGGAGCAACGGUCGUGGAGCAUCUUCCGGUUGCAGCGCAGGAUUUUGCUCGUCUUCGGCAUCUGGCCAGCGGACCGGGAAAGCCGCGGCCGACUCCGAACGGCCCUGAUCGCGCUGAACCUGGCCGUACUCGCCAUCUGCAUGGUAGGUGAGUUCCUGCACGGUCUGUACGCGUACCAGGACGGUGAUCUGGGCGAGGCCAUCGAAAGCAUCUGUCCGACGGUGGCGCGCGUCUCCGGUCUCCUGCGCAUGGUGUUCUACCUGAUGAAUGAGCGCAAAAUCGAGCGAGUCCUCAAAACCGUUCAGCAGGUUCUGCGAGACGAGCAUCCGCGCGAAAGGGCCAACACGCGGCGCAUCACGUACCUCGGCCAGCGGCUAACGUUGCACCUGUUCCUCAUGAUGUUCUUCGCCGCGAUGCUAUACGGACUGACACCGUUCCUCGGCAUGGCCUACAACUGGCACCAAGGCCAACGGCCGCUCGUCAAGAUUCUCCCCUUCAAGCUCGCCUUACCGUACGAUUGGCAGAACGGGGCGUACUUUGCGCUGACCACGCUAUUCCUGAAUUACGCGUCCGUGCCGACCAUCACGUCCCAGUCCGGCAGCGACGCCCUGCUGACCGGUGUCUGCCUCUACUUCUGCGGCCAGUUCAAUGCGCUCCGGCUCGAGAUCGAAUCGCUCGGACCCGGGCCGGCGCCGCUGGUGGCCGACGAGGCGGAAACGCGCCACAUCAACCGCGAGCUGCGGCGCAUCAGCCGGCGCCACCAGCGCACCAUCGAGAUGGUCCACGAGGUCCGCGCCGCCUUCGCCCCCAACAUCCUGCUCGUGUACACGUGUACCGCGCUCAUUAUGUGUAUCGUGUGCAUCGCGAUGCUCAUCGUGGAAGGGAUCUACAAGUUCACGUACCUGCCGUACGCGUUCGCCGAGCUGGCCAUCCUGUUCCUCUACUCGUACAGUGGCACCAUCAUUCGGGACGCGAGCGAGGCCAUCCAGACGGUGGCGUACAACUUUCCCUGGUACCGGUACAACCGCGACACGCGCCACCUCAUCCAGAUGAUGAUGAUCCGGGCCCAGCGGGGCUCCAACCUGAACGUGCCGUUCUUCGAGACCUCCAUGGCGACGUUCUCGGUGAUCGUUCGCAGUGCCUCCUCCUACAUAACGCUCAUGAAGUCGUUCCUCUGA